AUGAGAUUAGUUUUUGAGGAUUGUUUAUUUCUUAAUACCUUAAGCGAGGAAAAUCAUUCAAUAUAUUCUUUAAAAAUCCCUUAUUACACGUUAAGAAUUAAAGAAAAAGAAGAGGAAUUAAUUAUGGGCAUGAAAAAAGCUGUUCAGGACUAUGACAUUUUUUCUGAGAGUGAGGCUGAAAAGAACAGAUUACAAAAGGAGCUACAAGAAGAACGAUUGACAACAGCCUUCUUAAGAGAAGAGAUAAAAACGUUGCGACAAACAAUAGACUCACUCAAAGAUGAAUAUGCCAAGUUAAAAGAAAGUUCAGAUCAAGCGUAUAAGGAAUUGAAACAGAAAUUUGAAGACUCUGAGAAAAAGAACGCCAAAUUGAGAGCAGAUCUUCGGUUUUUAAGAUCGUACAGGGAAGAGAAUGAAAAUAAGAAGAAAACUUAUUUCCUGUUAAAGAGAGACAAGAUGAAAGACGUUAAAGAAAUGCACUCUUUAGAAGAAGAUGUUAAUGUUCUAUCCAAGUUGCAUGAACAAUUAGAAAUGCUGGAGAAUAGAAGAAUAGACGAGUACAACUUUGACAUACAUCAAGCGAAAGAAGUGGAGAAACACAAGAUAAAAUCAGACUUUGUUGCGGAUGCUCAACUUUUAACUCGAGAAAUGCUGUUAUUACAAGAGAAGGUGAACAGACUUGAUGAAAAUAGCAUGCGGAUCAAACGAAGAAAAUCAGACGAAAACAAAAAGAAAUCUAAAAAACUUUCGUAUUGCCUCACGAAUGAUCUUACAUCUCCAAUGAUGGGAUUGGACGCUCUCAGUUUAAGGCACUCCAUUGAGAUAUAUUAUUCCAAGGACGGAAAGACGUUUAAAAUGGGCCAUAGAAGUACCAUCAUGCCCAAUUAUUCUCCUGAGGUUGUAGAGGUACCACCCAAUACAACGCAUAUGAAAAUUGUGCAUUCACAUCUUCAUUACCACAAGACACAUCCCAAUGUGAUUGAAACCUUAAAAUCGGCCACGAAUUUUGAAACUAAGCAAAUACUGUUCCACCAGCAUGCAGAAGAGGAUGACGAAAAGCAUACCUUCUUAAAACCAGUUCUGAAAAAACCACCUGCUGGUAAUGAUCACCAUUCAGCCUCUCCCAAUAGCGGUAACGGUAAAAUAUGGACAACAUACAAAUCUAGGUAUAGUAACAAGGUGCUUCCUGAAACUAUUGCUAGGAAGAUGAGUUUGAAGGAAGCACGAGAAAUUAUCCUUGAUACCUAUGUAUUAUAUUUCAAAGAAUAUAGACUUGUAAAUAAGGAACCUAAAUCUCUCCAAGAAUUGCUCUUUGUAACCCUGGAACAAGUAUUUGUUCUUCAAGAGCUUGUACACAAAAUCAGUUUUGAGUUUUUAACGGCGUGUGACGAGUACAGGACAAAGCAUGCUGAUAUUUUGGAGUUUUGUAAAGCAUUGGAAGGUCUCAAUGAUGUUGCCUUUGGCUGCAGUGUCUCGUUGGCAUUAUUUGUUCUCAGAAAUAAGUGGAAUAGUUAUGCAAAAGACUCAAAGACCCCUCUCAAAAAAGAAAGUGUUUUUGAAAUUUUAGAUUUCAUGUAUCAAGAGGUUCCCAUGGAAGAACGUGAAUGUCUACUGAAUGACAUCUUGGUGGCUGAUCCCGUUUGUCUGGAGAGCAAUCAAUACUUCCUUUCCAAGCUCAAUACUUUCUUCAUUAUUGCUUUUCGUGAUGUUACAGAAUAUUGGUCUGAGCUUGGAGAAAGUAAAGUCCUUGUCAGGUUUGAAAAAGACAGACUCCAAAUUGAUGAUUUUGUGACCCUCAUGUUAGAAUUGGAUCCAGGUUCAAGCAAAGAAAUGUGGAAGAGAAGGUAUCGGGAUGCUGAAGCAAAGGAAGCCAAUAGUCCUCACAACAGCAGCACAGUGGCGCUCAUAGCUAGUCUUACUAAUAACACGUUGGGAUUAUCCAGUAGGACGAUUGGAUACAUGUUCGCAGAAAUGAAAUGGAUGAAUACAUUUAGAAGAAUGAAACAAGAGAUGGAGAGCUCGAACAUAGAUCGAUGA